AUGUCCCGGCUUCAUGUGUUGAAGAUUUCAGGCAUUCGGUCAUUCGACAAUAACCAGGAACAGCACAUCAAAUUCGAAAGCCCACUGACUCUCAUCGUGGGGCAAAAUGGCUCGGGAAAGACCACCAUCAUUGAGUGCCUCAAGUUUGCCUUUACGGGAAUGCAGCCGCCCAAUACGAAAGUUGGCGGUGCUUUUAUUCAUGAUCCUAAAUUGAACAGUGAUACCCAGGUCAAGGCGUCGGUUCAAGUCUCGUUCAAGUCGGCCAGUGGAGCGGCACUCACUGUGUCUCGGCGGCUGGAACUGAAUGUCAAAAAAACCACUCGUUCCUUGAAGACGCUAGAAUGCUCAUUGGUAGUGAGCAGGCGUGGCGAGAGGACCGUCAUGUCAUCCCGAGUUGCUGAACUGGAUUUGAUCCUUCCACAAUACCUUGGGGUCUCCACUGCCAUCAUCGACAAUGUCAUCUUCUGCCAUCAAGAUGAAAGUUUUUGGCCUCUGAGUGAUCCCACAACUCUGAAAAAGAAAUUUGAUGAGAUCUUCGAGGCACAGAAAUAUACAAAGGCGAUUGAGAACAUCAAACAGAUUCGAAAGAAACAAAAUGAGGAACUAGGCAAGUACAAGAUCCUAGAGGAGCAUGCGAAAUUGGACAAGGACCGAGCUCUGAAAGCCCAGAAGAGGAAGGAGGCUCUUUCAGAUGAAAUUGAGAAACUUAGGAAAAAGAGUGAGGAAUUGGAGCAAAGAAUCUCUCACGCUCGUCAGAUGGCAGACGAGACUUGGAGAAAGGGUGAGGAAUAUGCAAAAAUUCUCGGGGCGUUAGAAGGAAAGCGGAUUGAGGCUCAAGGCAAACAGUCCACCAUUGACGAUCUUAAACUGCAUUUGGUAGAGGUCAAUGAGACGGACGAGUGGCUGCAAACGACCUUGUCCCAAUUUCAAACCCGACAGGAGGAGCUCAGGGACGAGCUGAGUCAGAAACAAGAGGUAUACAUUGAGCAACAAGAUCAAAUGAAAUUGCUGAGUAAACAGCGAGAGGAGAAAGUGCAGCUAAAGGGCAAGUACGAACAGGAGAAGGAGGCGCACGAACGUCAGCUUGAAAGACGUAAAGAAAUGGUGAGAGAAGCUGCUGCGAAACAUCAAAUCCGCGAGUAUGAGUACUUGGACAAUGACACCCAGGUCGAGGAGUUUCUGGUCAAGAUCAAAAAGAUCUCCAAAAUUCAAAAAGGAAGUCUUGAUCGGGUGAAGCUCGAACACACCACACAACGACGGGAUGCUCAGACUCUGAUCAAUAAACUGACCGAGCGAAAGUCGGCGCUUCAGGAACAAAGAGCCACUGCGCGAAAGCAGAUGGAUGCAAAUGACCGCGAAGCCGCAGAUUUCCAACGAAGAGUCAAUCAGAUCACCGCCGACGAGGGCAGCAAAGCAGUAGCCGAGUCACGUAUUGAUGAUCUUCAGAAAGCAUUACAAAAGACCCGUGAAACCGCCGAGGCAGCCGACUGGGAUAAGAAGAUCCAGAAUGCUAAUGCAGAGCUCCGAGGCUUUGAGGAGAUUGGCUCCAAACUGAGGGAUGAGAUGGUUCGGUCCUCAAACAAGGCGCAGGAACUCGCGAAACUUUCAUACUCGAAGCAAGCGUUGAAAGACCAACAGAAACGUCUUGAGACCUUGUUGAAUGCUCACAGUGACCGUGUUACGGCCUUGGUUGGUAGUGGUGCAUGGUCCCCUGAGACAAUCGAAAAUGUCCACCAGGAUGUCCUCAGAAGCGCAACGGAUGAAGUUUUGACGGCAGAACGGGAAAGAGAUCUGGUAAAUCGAGAGUUGGAGCAGCUGCAGUAUAAGCAGAAAACUGUCCGCAAGGAUCUCUCGCGCAAGGAGAAUGAGGCAAAAAAAUGUGAACAACAGCUUCGUGCUGUUAUCGAGGAUGGCCCCGAAGGUUAUGACGAAGCACUGAAACAGGUGGAAGAAAAGGUUCAGAACGCUAGAGAGAACAGCUCAGGUUACAGCGGCCUCCACGAUUACUUUCAGCAAGUCCUAGAUGCCUGUUCAGGAGACAAGCCAGCGUGUCGCACUUGUAUGCGAGGCUUUGCGGUCGGCAGCAAAACAUUAGCGGAUUUCCAGGAGCGCAUCAACAAGCUGAUCGCGAAGACGAAAGAGCACGCAGAGGAGUUUGACCCGAAAGAGGCGGAAGCAGAAUACAAGCGUGUGCUGGAUCUGGGGGUUGUUCAUCAGACGUGGAAGAAGCUCGCCGACUCUGAGAUUCCAGCUGCUACACUGGAGUCGGCUAAUCUGGAUGCUCAGCGACAGUCUCUGCUGGCAAAGUUGGAGAAUCACGACAAGACUGUGGUACAAAAGCAGCAGUCUAAACGUGAUAUCGAGUCCAUCGUUCAAAUAGUCUCAUCCAUCAGUAAAUGCGACGGCGAAAUCAAAUCGCUAAACAACCAAGUGGAGGAGUUGUCUGCCAAACAGAGCCAGCACAGCAAUACGCGCACUUUGGAAGAGAUUCAAGAGGACCUGAGCUCAACUGACCAGAAGGUUCGAGGCAUACAGAAUUUCAUGAACCGAAUGAGAACGGAGCAGGAGCAGUCCCGAGCCGGCAUCUCCAGCAUGGAGCUUGAACUGCGCGACCUCAAAAGCAACUUGAGCGAUAUCAUAUUUCAGCUUGAUAAAAAGGCCUCACUUGCAGCCCGAGUGGAGGAAUAUCGAGAACACAACCAAAAGCUACAAGAGGCAAUGGAGAAUCUCACCAAGGAGAUUGAGAGUCUCGACCCUCAGAUCGCGACCGCCCAGGCCAAAUACGACGAUAUUGAUCAACGUGCAGCCACCAAAGAACGCGAAAUGUCCGAUGAACUCUCAAGCUUGAGCGAUACCGUCAACAAUCUUGACAUCCUAAACGACCAGAUUCGAUCUUACGUGGACCGUGACGGACCCAAUCAACUCGAACGUGUCAACCGCGAACUGAAGAAUCUGGAGCAGGAGCUGGACCACGUUCAGAGCGAGCAAAGCCGGCUCACACGUGAAAUCAACAAGAUCACUGAACGCAUCCGGGAUGGUGAGUCGACGCGAAGACGAUACUCUGACAAUCUCCGAUAUCGACAAGAGAGCCGUGCCCUCGCACGCCUGCAGGAGGAGAUUGAGGAGCUUACAAGCCACAACGCCGAAGUUGACCGCGACCGGUUCCAGCAAGAAUCACAAAAAUACAGCAAGGAGUACAAUCGACUGGCUACGGUACAGGGUGGACUCAUGGGUGAAGUAAAGUCAAAGGAUAAUCAACUGUCAGAAAUCUUGGAGGACUACCAAACAGAUCUCAAGGACGCGCCGCAGCGGUACAAAGAAGCUCACAUCAAGGUGGAAGCUACCAAAGCGGCCGUAGAAGAUCUAGGACGCUAUGGGGGGGCGCUGGACAAGGCAAUUAUGAAAUACCACAGCCUGAAGAUGGAGGAGAUCAACACCAUUAUUGAAGAGCUGUGGCGCAAGACAUACCGUGGCACCGAUGUCGACACGAUCAUGAUUCGAGCCGAAAACGAGUCGGGAAGAGGCAAUCGCUCGUAUAAUUAUCGGGUGGUCAUGGUCAAGAGAGGAGCGGAAAUGGACAUGCGCGGACGAUGCAGUGCUGGACAGAAAGUCCUCGCCAGCAUCAUCAUCCGUCUUGCUCUGGCGGAGGUGUUCAGCACGCAUUGUGGACUGAUUGCUCUGGAUGAGCCGACCACAAACCUCGAUCGCGAAAACAUCGAAAGUCUGGCUCAGUCGCUGAAGGAGAUUAUCGAAUACCGGCAGCAGCAAUCCAAUUUCCAGCUUGUGGUAAUCACGCACGACGAAGACUUCUUACGACAAAUGGAAUGCUCGAAAUUUACAGGGACGUAUUACCGAGUGUCGCGAGACUCGGCUCAAAAUUCGAUCAUUGAGCGACAAAGCAUUGCAGAAGUUUUGUGA